AAUGCGUAUAACUUUUAAACUAAUAGAGAUAAUUUGUUCAUUUUUUCAUGAUUAGUUUUAAUUUUCUAGAUAUUUUGUUAAAACGUGUCAGACGUGUCAUACGUGCUGUUUUUUUGUCAAUGAUAAAGCACAGAAUCAUUUUUAUGACUUAUAAGUUAUUUAUAAAUGGCGACACGACAAUAUUUUAUUCAUUAGUCUUUUUAAAAUCUUUUUAAAACUCACAACAGAAUAAUUUCCAUACAAAAUGUCAUAUUUUAUGUUACUUAUACUGAUUUGCAUCAAUUUGUGCUAUGCAACCAAACCUACACUACGAAUGCCGCAGUGUAAGUACACAGACGAAUCAUGCCUCAAAUCAGCCGCCAUGUUGGGUUUACAAUCACUACGUGAACCUAACCUUCAAUUAGAUUUACCAUCAAUAGAUCCGUUCGUGAUUGAACGUAUUCACGUGCGUGCUAACACAACAUCUAAAGUGUGUUUCACACAAGAAUACUACGACUUUAAAUUCAUUGGUAUGUCAAUGGCUAACGUCACGAAUUUUGAGGUUAAAAUCAGUCCUGCACAUGUUUACCUCAACUUUUCUUUGGAGAUGAAAGUUUUUGACAUGGUUGGCUACUUCAAGUGGAACGGAACUGUCAUGGGGCACGUCAUAGACGGAUAUGGACUGUGUAACAUAACCUCAGUGAAUGUCACGCAUGUCCAUAAGUUAACCUUAAAACGUAAUAUCAAAAAUGACAAGUUACGUUUGAUAGGUUAUGACGUCGAUUUACAACCCACGUCAUUAUUGUUUUCAUUACCUAACCUCGUACGUGGUAAUCCAACGGCUUCCAAAGAAACCGAGCGGUUUUUCAACCAGAAUGGCAUGCAAAUAUUUUUCGAGGUUAAAGACGACUACGAUCGAAUCUUCGGGAAGAUAUUUUACCCAUACGCAUGCGCAUUCUUCAAAAAACUAUUCCUACAUGAUUUAUUUUACAUAUAACACAAUAUAACAAAAAAAUUAAGGUUAAAAUCAAUAAUAUUAUGAAUAAUGUGAAAUGGCGGCGUAGAUAAAAUCCAGCAUGGCCGCCGUCCGUGCGAAUCCAC